CGCGGCAAGUGCCGCUCGGCGCGUCAGUCAGUCGAGAACGGACGCUGGCCGAGGUAAGGUGACAGAUUUGACGUCAGUUCUGUCACAGUUACCGAGAACGAAACGGAAACAAACAACCGAUUGCGUGCGGAAUUCAUAUCGCGUCAAAGUUUUACCUGCUAUUUCGUUUUUGUUGUCUAGUGACGUCUGUUUUUCUCGUAGUAUCCGGAAGAAAAAGAUUCUGUGAAGGAUUUUUGUGAUAUGUGCACCUGAAGCUGCUCCGGAAGUGACUUUUUAUUAAUUUGUGAUUUCGAUUUUGUUUAUUUGGACCCUUAUUACGUCAAAGUGGAUCUCAAGAAGAGAAAAAUGAAAUUGGUGCCUGGUCCACUACCCCCCAUACCCACGACCACGUCGGGGUCGCUUCCCUUACCCCUCCCUUUCAGUCCGGACCUGUUAUGGAGGUAUCCCCUCAACUUCCCCUCGGUGGGCAGCCAUCCCUCAUCCCCCCUGUGGGACUACAAGAGCCAGUUGCCGGGAAGUCUUGCUACAGAUCCGCGAGUAUGGAGCAGGGAAGACGUAGCCACAUUUUUAAGAUGGGCCGAACGUGAGUUUGACUUGCAACCCAUCGACAUGGAAAUGUUCCAAAUGAACGGUAAAGCAAUGUGCCUUCUUACGCGAACGGAUUUAUCAGAAAGAGCACCCGGAUCUGGCGACGUUUUGCACAACGUUCUUCAAAUCCUAGUACGAGAAGCAAACAAUAUGAGAAUGUUACCCAAUAGCCCUAUUACACCCACCUCAAGACACCCGUACCCCCUGUCACCUCACACGUCACAGCCUUCGUCGGCCAGUUGGAACGUGAUCACGUCACAAAGCGCCUCAGACUACCACAACAAUCAUACGGCCAGUCUGGCGGCUCAUUUGAUGGCUCAGAGCAAUUCUGUCACUCUCAGUCCCGCCCCUUCGCUGGACAGCCAAUCAGGCAGUCCAAACCACCCCGAUACGCCAAUGAGCUUCGGCCAUUCCAUCUUCAGCACGAAUGGCGGUAGCAGUUCUAACGGUUCGGGUUCGAAUCCCAGCGACAGCGACGAAGAUGACAAGUUCAUAGAGUCGAAAAACGGGUACAUGGGCAGUCCCCCAAAUACUCCAAGCUACAUGAACAUACCACAGAUGCCUUUUUUGACGCCGAGAAGUCCCAAACAGAUGGAGAAUGUGGGAAGUCCCGGUUUAUACAAAAGGGAGUUCUUUGCUAGCAACGAUGGAUCAGAACCCAAUACAAAUGGAAGACUCCUUUGGGAUUUUCUUCAACAACUUCUCAAUGAUCCAGCUCAAAGAUACACCAACUACAUCGCCUGGAAAAACAGAGACACCGGCGUAUUCAAGAUCGUAGAUCCAGCAGGACUGGCCAAGUUAUGGGGCAUCCAAAAGAACCACCUAUCCAUGAACUACGACAAAAUGUCCAGAGCUCUGAGGUACUACUACAGAGUGAACAUUCUACGAAAAGUACAAGGAGAACGCCAUUGUUACCAAUUUUUGCGCAACCCUAGCGAACUAAAAAACAUCAAAAACAUCUCCCUCCUGAGACAGCAGAUGUCCCCAACAACGAAAGCUCCUACCCAAAUCCAAAUGAUACCACAAAUAACUAUCAAACCCGAGCCAAUGGACCAACAGAGCAAAGAACAACCCUCCCAACACGAUCUGGCAGCCCUUCCACCUCACUUGAAGCUGACCGAAGUCCAGAAAUCCAACAUGGCGGCUUUGGGUCAGCAAUCCAACACGACGGCGCCACACGAGGCGAAGAGCGAUGAGCGCAGGCGCGUGGACUACCGACACGAUCAUGAGACACCCACCGAUUUAACCAUGAAGGGGGGAGCAACGGAUUUAAGCAGUAACAGCAGACACCACGUGAACAUCGUUUGUUCGCCUGAUCCGCCCAUCACAGGGCCGAGUCAUUAGUUGUUUUUUUGGGUGAAAAAUUCAAUCAAAAAAGGUCCAAGAAAAGUUUUUUACGUUAAUUUUCGCGUAGUAGUUUAUUUUUUUUACUUAUUCUAAAGUAAGACUCAAAAAGUGCCAAUAGAGAAGAGAUAUAUAUGUUAUAUAUAGUGAUUGUUAAUUUGAAAGGGAGAGUGUAAAUAAUAUGGACAAUAAGGAAUCAUAGAAUUAAGAAUGAUUGUAGAACUUGUGCAAUUGAAAACGGUUUUUAAAUAUGUGCCAAAAUAUAGUAAGUUAUAUUUGUUUUUUCUUUUUGAUUUAACAGUUUUGUGCAAUAGGGUUGUGAAAGCGUCAAAACCUAUAUUGAUUCACAUUAUGCAAUUUUCAGUGAAAGUAAUUAAUAUCUUCUCUUAACAUAAAAUAAUUUAAAAUCAAUUGCUGUAAUAAUGAAAUAAUGUUUUCUUCAACUUUGAUUUUCAUUAAAAACAGUAUUAAAAAACUAUUCUAAACGUGUAGUUAUGAAGUAAGAAGUCUCAAAACAACGUUUUACUUGAUUCUAAAGUCUAGAACCAAGUAUUUUACUUGAGUCUAAACCCAUUUUUUUCCUGGUAUAGAUUUCAUAUAAUCUUGAUUGUCAGAGACCUUUAGAAUCAAAUUUUCCUUCAUAAUAGGACCUUUUGUAAUCAAGUUUUGCUUGAUUCUAAACUUUAUAGUAAAGUAAAAUAUUUAAUUUAGAAUUAAGCAAAACCUAGACUCUAAAUUUUAGACUGGAUUCGAAAUUUUAGUCUGAAGUAAAACUUUAUUCUAAAAUAUUUUACUUAAUAGGUACCAGGCAUGAAGAUUUAAACUGAAGAAAAGUAGUUUAUUUUUGUUUAGAAUCAAGUUUUACUUGAUUCUAAAAAAUAAAUAAUGUCAAUUUUUCUUGACUCUUCAACAUUUCUGUUGGGUACUAAUAAGAAAAAAAAUUUAGAAUCAAGUUUUACUUGAUUCUAAAAAAUUAGAAUCAAAUUUUGCUUGAUUCUAAAAAUUUAGAAAUAAAUUUUACUUGAUUCUAGAACUUCUUGAAUCAAGUUUGGUUAAAAAUUUUAGUUUAAUACCAUUUGUUCUUGAUGUCAACUGGAGAAUCCAUUUCAACACAUUAAUAGUUUAUUUGCUAUUGGUUUUAACUUCUUUGUUGUUAAUUUCAAGUAUAUGUGAUCUUUCUUCUGACGUUUUAUUAUCCUAUGUGCAACAUUGGCAGCUUUAAAUAUAGAGAAUUAUCAUUUUUUUUUGGUUUAAAACAGAUCAUCUACUACGUUUUAUCUUAUUGAUUAAGUUAAACAGAUGAUCUAGUUUUUUCUUUAAAUCUAUAUACAACGACAAUAAUAUUUAAAAAAAUGAAGGUACAAAAAGUAGGACUGGAAUGUUUUUAAAACUCCACAAAAAAA